AUGCCCAGAUCUAGAAUCAAGAACAGUAACAGAAGAGCUGCCGUCAUUGUCCAAAGAGGUAGAUUCUGUGCUACUCCAAUCGUCAGAGGAAAGUCUGUUGAUGAAAAGGAAACUUCUGAAGAAGAAAAGUACGCUGCUAAGCACGACUAUGAAUUGUUGUUGAAGUGGGCUGAUCAACAAGGAAAGAAGAUGGAUAUCAAGACUGAAGAAGUCAAGAAACAAGUCAAGCAAGAACUUGAAACUCACAACAAGAAGAAUGUCGAUGACAUUUCCAAGUUGAAGAAUGAAGUUGAAGAACUCAAGUCCAUGUUGGCCAAGGCUUUGGAGACUAAGAAGUAAAUUAAUUUUAAAUAAUAAUAGAUAGGGUCUUGUACAUAAACUUAGCAAACAUCACCAUCUUUGUGGUAUUUUAAAUGUAAA